AUGGCUGCCCACACCAAUGGCAACGCGUCUGCUCUUCCAAAUGGCUCUACAAUCACGAAUGGCUUCCACGAUUUGCCUGUGGAGGAGCUUGAGCGGGAGCUCCCUGUCGUAUACGAUGGUCAGGUACCACUCGGGGAACUGGUCUCAAGGGUAGUGCAGGCGAUCUAUGCAGAAUUGUCCGAACUAGCAGAAACACUACCGAACAUGUCGGACGCUGCACGGAAGCGGACCCUCGCCGACUGGGUCGUUAAGACGAAGAAGCAAGUCGUUAAGCUCUAUGCAAUUGUGAAAUGGUCGCGGGAUGCGGGGGUCGUCCAGAAAGCCAUGAAUAUAACCGCAUUCUUGAUGGACCAAAAUCGCCAAUUCGAGGACGCGAUACAUGGUCUUAAGUACGCUAAGGACAGCUUGGAUCCGGCGCGAUUGCGCAAUCACGACUUGUUGACUUCCCUCGACGUCCUGACCACUGGGUCGUAUCGACGCCUUCCUUCCGCUAUCCAGAAAGUCGUUGUGCCGCCCACCCCGCUGACCGACGAUCAAGUCGCGAAAACCCUCGGUGACGUCGAGGACGUGAUCCGUCUCCGACUCAAGAUGUUUGAGGUCGUCCCUAUCGAGAUGUCUAAAUAUCGAAUUGCUGAUGGCCGGGUUUACUUCACGGUUCCCAGGUUAUUCGAGGUCUCGCUUUGUCUACGAGGCGCCGAGAAGGACGCCGGUUGGUUCUUCGUAAACGUGGAAUUCCUGCUCAACGUCGGUGGUGACCCGACCAGUGUGCAAGAAUUCCCGCGCAAACCAUCAGGAUGGCUGAAAAGACACAUCACAGACGAGGCAGAUGCGCGUCUGGCAUUUUAUCUACCAUUGCCUGCAGAUCAGGCCCUACCACCUGUGGCUGAAGUGCCACCACGACCACAAUUGCCUGAAGGCGUUGCGGAUGCGCCGCUCGUCCGAGUCUUCAACUUCCUGCAGAUGAUGUCUAUGUCGUAUAUGCUCGAGAUCCUCUGCUACCAGGCAGAAAGGUUACGCGCGCUCGGAUGGGGUGAGUACAUGAGGGUCCAGAUGUCCAAGGACCGCAAAACUCUAACAAUAACAUAUUGGACUCGUCUUCCGCCCAAGGACCCAACCCCGAGUCAAAGGCGGGCGAAUAUCCCCCUGUUUGGUGGGAAGGUAACAAUCUCAAUAGCGCGUGCCCACACGACGCCGAUAAAUAAAGCGAACCGGUCACCGAAAGCUCGUAUACUUGCAGAAUUGCAGGAGAAGGCGAAGCUGGGGGCGGGGCGACCAUCGGAUGAGGUCGAACCGCACGAAUUGCAGGUCAAGUGGGAGCCCGAACAGGGCGCCCUUGGCACCAUGAUUCCCCCGCAAGAAUUCCAUCUUGACAAAAGUGAAUUGUCGAUCGAUUCGGACAACCUCGAUGUCGAGGCGUUGCUGCGGAAAGUGGCUACGAUCCAUGUGGGCGCUGUUCUCCGAGUCGUUCAGCGGCGUCUGCAGCACGACCCGCCGACGCUCUCGUUGGCUAUGGACGAUGACAUUCAGACUCUUCGGGCACAUUUCUGUGCGGAUGAGGUCGUCGGACGCCGAUACACCGCUAUAACUGACAGACUAAACGAGAAUCCAACGAUGCUAUACGACGCAUUUGUGAGGCUUAAGCUCGCGUUAACUAUCAUCGACCUCGCCGAGCAGAAGGCAAACUAUCUCGGUCUUCAGAGUUACCGUCUCCGGAACUUCGCCCCAACAGAAAUACAAAAACUCGGUCGGAUGGCGCGUGGCAUGCUCUAUAUCGAGCUGGCCAAGUUCCCGGACCACUUCCUCGUGCUCGUCGUGACGGACGAGGAUUGGCGCUAUGCUCUCAUCUCCGUCGAGGUGCUGCAGAAUACGCCAUGCCAUGAUAUGGUCAUGAAAGACAUUGGGUGGCUCGACGUGAGGCGGAUACAUGGCGAGGAAAUCGUCGUGUCGCCGCAUCCCCCGCACGCUGCGGAUCCAGCAAUCGGACAAAAGCGGAAGCGUGAGUCAACGGACGAUGGCUCAGCGUCGCAACCAGUGGACGAGUUUGUGCCUCGCUAUUGCUUAGACGCACAGGUCCUCCGAGAACUAUACGCUUAUUGCUGUGCACGAGUCGCGUUCUACAAGAUCGAGCAGCAAUUCAAGACGCGAAACAUCCCCUAUACAACUGUCGCCUGCACGGAUGUUGCGCACACGCCGGAACUCGCACACCUUCAGUCAACCCUGUCAAGAUCGGUUCCACUACUCUGUGUCCAGUCCUCGGACAUAUUGUCCGGAGCACCUGCCGCUGAGGCAGCCAUGCCGAAUAUCCGGGUCAUACCACUCAACUGGUGGAAUGACGAGAAGCAAGCGCAGGUCGUGACUUGCGUGAAACUCAAGUACGUCCAACAACCCGUCGGCAAGCGCGCAGGUAGCAGCAACGUCAUCCGACCAUCUAAGCGGAUCAUAUACGAUACAACGGAAGCGAUAGUGUCCUUCCUCUCGGAAGACGUCGACAAGUGUGUCGAUGAGUUCCUAGAGGAAUGGGCACGCGUUUCCAAGGUCGUCGUGAUCGCACGAGAAGUCGCGCAGAUGGCCACCGAGAGGCAUUGGUCAGACGUCCGCUUGCUAUCGUUCGACUUGCAGACCGUCGAAUUCGCGUAUGCGGCCGACUACACCAUCUCUAUCACGUGUACGGACCAGCUCUCACCGACUGGCGGGUCGUAUGACCUGCAAUUCUCUCGCAUCAGCGAUGGCAAGGCCGGAGAUGCGGAUAUGGACGACCUGUACAAUCCCCACGAAGACCUGAGCCUUUCCUACGCGACAGACUCGUUGUCCGUCGUCGUCGAGCUGGAGGGAAUAAGGCAGGCAGUUGCGCAGACGUCAGAGAACGCUGACGUGUUCCCGAAAGCCGCUGGGUGGUUCCGGAUUCUGUACGGAGACUUCAGGCAUGCACUGGACUUUCGGAUAAUGACGGGCGGUCGAGUUGUCAUCCUCGACGCCUCGCAUUCUCUCUUUUCGGCAGAGGACUCGCCUCCGCGAAACCGAUUGCCUGCCAGCGGGCGGAACCCCUCUAAUGCAUCUGCACCGCCGCCGAGUGACCCAUCGGACAGCCAUCUUCUCCUCCAGGCGAUCCCCGAUUUCCGACGGAUUGCCAUGGAAGUCGUGAAAGAUGCUGCCUCAAGAGGCUGUACUGCACGCGUCGCGCCAAUCGACAUUGGUAUCAUCUGUGACUCGGCCGCUGUAAAAUUCGUGGCCAGAACGCUGCAUGACCGCGUCCUGCAACGGCUGAAGCAGGGAUAGGGUGGUUUUGUGGUCGUGCUCAUCUCAUCGUCGUUGUCUUGUUGUAGCAGAUACCUACGCACAGCCGCGUUUACACACGAUGAAUGACAUAGGACUGUUGUCAGGCUCUGACGCUGUGUCGAUGCAGUGCGGUCAACCACCGUAGAGACUGGUGCACCUACACGCUCUCGGAGUGCUGAACGUGGCUUGGACCGACGGCCUGGUAAGCAUUGUCUGCCUGCAUGAGGAUCAGAGCAGUCGUCAUGGACCAAGCUUCGAUUGGGGCUCCUGUCCUGAGUCAAUGUAUAUGGCGCGACCGAAGACUGCUAUGCUCAAGGCGCAUCACACCGAGACCUUCCUGAGCUUCUGUC